AUGCUGUUUCGAGGUGUGCUGCUUGGAAUACGACACUGUAUUCUGGGGAUACGCCAUGAGUUCACUUCUGCUCCGACUCUCACUGCAAUUCCGUUUGUGAUAGAAAAUGAAGGACGAGGAGAACGAUCUUAUGACAUAUACAGUCGACUGCUGCGAGAUCGCAUAGUAUGUGUCAUGACACCGUUGCUAUUUCUUCAAAGCGACAGCAGUAAGAAGCCGAUCCACAUGUACAUAAAUAGCCCAGGUGGUAGUGUUACGGCAGGACUUGCAAUUUAUGACACAAUGCAAAUGAUUACUCCUCCCGUAGCCACAUGGUGUGUGGGCCAGGCUUCCAGUAUGGGUUCACUACUGUUGUGUGCAGGUGAGAAGGGUAUGCGUACUGCAUUGCCGAAUUCGCGGAUCAUGGUCCAUCAGCCUAGCGGAGGGGCCCAGGGUACAUGUUCUGAUAUCGUUAUUCGUGCAGAAGAAAUUCAACGUUUGAAAAAACGUACCCAAGAAAUUUAUGUCAUCCAAGAGACUUUGGAUCGUGACCGUUUCAUGAGCGCACUCGAGGCGAUGAAAUUUGGAAUUGUGGACAAGGUCGAGUCGCACAAAGGAUCAAUGCCAACUGAGUAA